GACUACGGCAUAGUUCCCAGUGGGCUGCUGGCAAUGGCCGUUUUCCGCCGCUUCUCUGCUUUCUCGGCACUCACGACCGGCUACUUUAUCAUCGCAGGGGUGUCGAUCUUCUGCGCUUCCCGACCCAGCCUGCCUACGCUCAUCGCUGCGCGUGCCUUGGGUGGACUGUGCUGGGGUCUGGCAGCCGUGCACUAUCCAACUUGGGUGAAUCGGUAUGGACCCGCUGACAAGCGCACCCUGUGGAUGGCAGGGAUCAAUGCCAUGCUCCUCACGGGGAUCGUGAGCGGCUAUGUAGUCGGAGGCCUAUCGCGUGCAACGGGGGCUGCCAGCUGGGAGUUUCUGUACCUCAUGGAAGGCCUACUCAUGCUUGGCUGUGGUAUUUGCGGAAGCCGAUUUGCGAGCAAUGUUGUCCAGGUUGGCGAGCCGGAGCUAGCGAAGGAGGCCGAGGAGGCCCCAGCCGCCGAGGUAGACUCGGGUCAGGAAACGUCCGUCGUUCCGAAGGAACUGAGGGCACUGGGCCGUUCGGGCCUGUUCCUUUGCACAUUGGCGGCGGGAUGCUUCCAGUCUGGAUCCGUUGGCUUCAUGCUCUACUUCAUUACUCAAGCCUUGGGAGCAAUCUUCCACUGGAGUGCUCAGACCAUCUCUAUCGUGGUCAGCAUUGUAAUCACGGUGGGCCCCAUCGGUGGAAUCAUCCUUGGCGCCAACUAUUUGAACAGCGUCGGCGGCUACCGCAACUAUCGUCGUGCCAAUGCCAUGACGGCGGUGUGUGCUAUUCUUAGCCUUCUCAGCGGCUGUUGCCUACCACUGGCAGGCUCUUCACCGGUCAUUUACGGUGCUGCCAAUCUUGGUUUGCUUCUCUUCGGGGCAGCACCGACGGCCGCGAUCAACGGCAUCGACGCUCGGAGAUCGAUGUUAAUGUUUGGUGUUUCGGGUUUGAAGGCUUUAGGGGCUCUGUUGCUGUUUAAGGGUUCAGGGUUUGCGCUUUACGGGUUUAGUUCAUUAUGGUGGGGUUAA